AUGAACCCGAAUGAUUCACGAUUGCUGCACGUAACAAUCAACUGCGCCACGCCAAGCGCGUACGACGUUCAGCCAGAAGGCAUUCAAAGCAUAGACAGGCUGGGUUCAGCGUUACUAGCCAAGGCAGGGGGGCGCGAAGUGGGACAUAGUUCUGAGAGGCGACCAGACUGUUUGGUUCAAGGCUCAGCCGGGAAACCAAACCACGUACGCGCCGCUGGCGAGCUUAAGCAUAAGCAGCAACCAUCACGAACAACGAGUACAAGCGCUGGAACGAUUAGUUACAUGUAUCUUGUAAACUUUCACUGUUAA